GUUUCUAUGGAAACUGUGCGCGUGGCUCUGCUGUUCAGUGUUUUUUUUAAUCAACAUGGCUGUUCAGUGCUGGUUAGAUCUUCUGAAGGCUGCUAAGAAAACGGCGUUGAUCUCAGAUGGAAAAAGGAAAGUGCACUACUUGUUUACGGAUGGUACCGAGAUGGCUGAAGAAUAUGACCUGAAGACAGACGAGCUUCUUUCACGUAGGAUGCGCUCUAAGACCACACUUGGAGGACAAGGAGCAUGGCAAGUUGAAAUAGGUGAUGCAGUCCCGAGCCUGACAGAGACAGGAGAUAUAAAAGAAAACAGCUCAAAUCCAGUGUUUCUGCGCAAGGACACCAAGACCAGUUUCCAGUGGAGGGUUCGUAACAUCCCGUACCUCAUAGACACUUACAAGGUCACAGUAGAACCUCUGGAACGUUGCUGUAUUAUCCGGACCACGAACAAAAAGUAUUAUAAGAAGUUCAAUAUUCCAGAUCUUGACCGUUGCCAGCUGCCUCUAGAGAUCUCAGCAUUGACCUUCACCCAUGCCAACAACACUUUAAUCAUCAGUUAUAAGAAGCCCAAAGAGAUUUUAGCCCUGGAACAGGAGCUGAUGAGGGAACUGAAGAAACUGAAGGGGACAAAUGAAGGAGACGUGGACUGUAAAACUCAGUGAACUGGUGUGGACUCUCUGUAGCAUUAUGUAGAUCUGUAUCUAGCUUUUUUUGCUUUUUUUUUUUUUUUUUUUUGCACAAAGCAUAAAAUCACCUGGUUGUAAUAGAUGUUUAGUUUAUUUCUUGUUUAUUUUGAAGUGUAUGUGUAUUUCUUCAAUAAAAUACAGGAUGUAUAGAAAUGGAAGUUCUUUAUACCAUGUUUUGAAUAAUGUUACUCCUCCAUCAUAGCUGCCACGAUAUAAAUCUGUGUAUGGCGAUGUCACUGAGGUCACGUUAGCUAAAUUUAUUUCAAACACAAGGACUAGAAGAAUGGCCAUUGUAGGAUUCUUGUAGAAAAAUGUAUUGUUGAAAUUAUCUUUAUUGGCAUUUAUGAAUUAUUUUAUAAAAAUAAAAUAUUUUUGUUUAUC